GAGCCCACAGCCUGAGGACCAUCAAACUCUGUACGUAGCAACUGAAACUGAUGAAGAGCAUGAAGAGCAGAAUGUGAGCCCACAGCCUGCGGACCAUCAAACUCUGCAUGAAGCAACUGAAACUGAUGAAGAGCAUGAAGAGCAGAAUGUGAGCCCACAGCCUGAGAAGCAUUUACAAAAGACAUUCAGAAAAACAUGUCCUGGACCCAAAUCGUUUACGAUCUUCAUAUCACAAAAAAAAAAUUGAGAAAAAUGCAUCCUGUAAAAGGAAGCUUAAAAUUUAAGCAAUCAUGGACUCAUAUCAUUUACGAAAAAUUCAUCCAGAAAAAUCCAUGCUGCACGUUGGUUUUUAAAUAUUAUCACAUCAAAGGAAUCCAUAGUCGAAAACAAAACACCCCAUUCUGUAGAAUGAAAGCUGUCUGCUCUUUCAAAGGAUGUAGUGCACGCUACAUAUUUCUAAUAAGGAAAAAACCAUUGAGAAGUGACCAGAAGAUCCCAAUCCUUGUCACAAGGAUCGGCUGGGUGACACAUUGCCGAGGAGAAUUCAAGUCACGCCCUGCCAGUUACUUAAAACGAGGAAAAAUUGGAAAAUCAAUUCACGACGGCAUAAGUAACACAUAUUACAGAAAUCUACAAAAAACACCAGUUCCUGAACUUCUGGCUGGAAACAUAACAAGAAGUUUGAGUAAAAACAUUCUCAAAGUUAUUUCCUGUGAAAUUCAAAAGAGCAAAAGGCUUCAUGAUGAUGUGGUUCUGGAACUCAUACUCAUUCAGAAAAUCUUAAAGGAAACAGACCAGAACUACAAAUUUUGGCCUGGAUAUAUUCAGCAUUUACAAGUUGAUCCAUUUGGAAUUCACCUAUACACGGAGACAGGCCUUUUCAUUUUGGUUCAUCACCUUCGUAAAGGACAGCCCAUCACACUGCACUUAGAUGCCACAGGUGGUGUUGUAAGUAAAAUACCAAACCAGCCCAAAAGAGUAUUUUACUACUCCAUCACUCUUCCCGGGAACGGGACAGACAAGCCUCCUUUGCCAGUAUCGGAACUACUCACAAAUGACCACACAAUACCAAAUCUCUGCUUUUGGCUACUUCAAAUGAUCACCAAAGCCAGGAAACUGUCAAAAUACAGCAUUCAUCAGAUAGAAGUAGAUUACAGUUGGGCACUCAUCCAGAGUGUUCUGCUAGCCUUCAAUAGGCAAGACAUUGUGUCAUAUCUACGGGACUGCUACAACAUAGUAAAGGGAACCAAAUCUCAGCCAAAGUUUGAGAAGAAAACUAUACUCCACCUUUGUUCUGCACAUAUAAUAAAAGCCAUUCACGGAUCUUUUGGGAAAAAAACCAGUGACAAGGGACUGAAGGAGUUUGCAACUCACUGUGUGGCCCAACUAAUAAAUUCAACCAAUCUACAAAAGGCAUUGCACUUUUUCAAAAAUAUGUGCAUUGUCUUUCAAAACAAAACAAAAAAAAAAGCAGUGGAAAAUUCUCUGAAAGACAUUCAAAAGGAAGUUCAAGAAAGACAAACUCAGGAAUACACAGUUGAAGUACAGCAAUUUGAAGAUGACAAAACUCCAGAGGCCAAUACAAUAUUUGCUCAGUCACCAUUUCAAAAGGACUUUUCAUCUGUGCUUCAGUCUGUCAUGACUACACUCAAUCUUGAGGAGGAGGAGGAAGAGGAAACUAUCAACAUUUACUACUGUCCGGAGAUUGUACAUGUUUUAAUGAAGGACUACAUCCCCAUAUAUCCUCUGUGGUCUGGAGUUAUGCUUGGGGAUCUGGGAAGACACAGCAAUAACUCUGUAUUCGAUGAUAGUCCUGGAAAACAUGACACCAAUUGUCAUGCAGAAAACUGGUUUUGCAUUUUAAAAACAAAAAUACUUCAAAAAAAGCUGUAUCUCCGACCGGCAGAUUUCAUCCAGAAAAUGAAUCAAUCUCUUCAGGGCAGAUACAGGGAACACAUUUUGAGGAAUGAGUUACCUGAGAGAUUGCUGGAGAAGUCUUGGACAUUGAGGAAACCUGGAUUAGAACACUCUGAAGAGAGAUGGUCCAAGAAGACGACAUCAGAGAAAAAGGAGAGGAAGACUAAAUACUUCGAUCCACCUCUAGUUAUGCCCACCCCAAAAGAAAAAGCACUCAGAGGACAUCAAGGAAAAAAAAGGAAACUACACAACACGGAUUCAUAUUCAACAGGAAAAAAUACUACACAGGCAACAGAUGAAUCGGACAGACUGCCAAGCAUAGCAGUGAAACAGACAGAAGACAAAACUCAAAUCUGCAAAGAUGACAUUGUUGAGGCAACAGAUGAAUCAGACAGACGGCCAAGCUCAGCAGUGAAACAGACUGAGAACAAAACAAAAACACGCAAAGAAGACAUAGUUGAGGCUCUUUGGAACUUGAAGAACAAAGAAAUUGUGGUUGCAGUGAUAACAACAACUGACAAGGAUCGGCCAUACACACUGCACUUAACUGAAUUUAAAACCCUGAAACCACAUAGCUGGUUAGCUGGAGAGACAAUGGAGGUCUACCUUCAAAUGCUGCUGAACACAAACAAUUGUGGAAGAAAGAUUUUCCUGUUAAAUCACUACUCUGCUGGCGUUAUUGUCUUUGGUGACAGGUCUGCAUUAAGUAACCACAGUUACAGGAAGGUGAGUAUCUACAAAUGAAUAAUUUGAACUCUAAUAUGCAACAUUGAAAAUAACAAGUAAUUUUUUAUUCCUUUUUAUAGGUCAACUUU